GCUGUGGAUGAUCAGCAGGCAAACGAUGAGCAGGCUUCCCAUGGCAGCCACGAGUGGUGGUGGUGGGACGAGUCCUGGUGCGAGGAGUCUCCCGAGGAGGAGGCCGAUGGCUUCGAGGAUGACCCCAUCCUGGAGGAGGAUGGUCGUGCCAACGAUGAAUACGAGGACGAGGAGAAGAAGGACGGCAAGGGCGAGAGGAAUGAUGGGGUGGAGCAGCCAUCACGAUCUGUGCUGCGACACCGGGCCGUGACAAGUGCAUACAGAAAGGCCUUCGAUGUGCACAAGCCGAAAGGCGACCAAAAGAAUGAUCCCACAUUGCUGGCGGCAGCUCGUGGGAAAGCCAAAGAAGCCCAUCACGAGGCAGGGAAAUGCUUCGAUGCAAAGUACCCGAGGAAGUGA